UCUUUCUUUCUUUCUUUCUUUCUUUCUUUCUUUCUUUCUUUCUUUCUUUCUUUCUUUCUUUCUUUUUGGGUACCACUUGCCUCUUCCCUUCUGCCCUUCCAAGAUGUUCCUGGCUUUCACAUUCUUGCAAGUUUUUUCCCAAGCUUUGGCUGCAAGUGGUGGGUCCCACUGGAUGUACGCAGGGUCCCACGGGCAGGAGCACUGGCCAGACACGUAUCCAGACUGCGGGUGGCGGUCUCAGUCCCCCAUCAAUAUUGAAACCGGCUCCGUGCAGUAUGACCCUUCCCUGCCUCCGAUUGAGCCAGAGGGUUACCGGGAUCCUGGAGGAGAGGAGUUCACUUUGAUCAAUAAUGGGCACACAGUGCAGAUGUCUUUGCCUCCGAGCAUGCGCUUGCAUGGCCUUCCCCGGAUCUACUCCGCCGUUCAGCUGCACUUCCACUGGGGUCGCAAGGGAGAGGCCGAGGGGUCUGAGCACCAAGUGGACGGCCAGGCCUUUCCCGCAGAGCUUCACGUUGUUCAUUUCAACUCGGAGAGGUACGCCAACGUGAGUGAGGCCAAACACCAGCCAGAUGGGCUGGCCGUGCUGGGCGUUUUUCUGGAGACAGGCGAUGAAGACAACCCUGCCUAUGAUCAUAUCCUGAAACAUCUAGACGACAUCAAAUAUGCAGAGCAGGAAAUACCUGUGGAACCCUUCGAUGUGCGCGAGUUACUGCCGACGCAUUUAGGCCAUUACUUCCGCUACAACGGCUCUCUGACCACUCCGCCGUGCUACCAGAGCGUGCUGUGGACCGUCUUCCACCAGCCAGCUCACCUCUCUGUUGCCCAGCUGGAGAAACUGCAGAGGUCGGUGUAUGCCACGGAAGAAGGAAAGAGCCCUGAAGUGCUGCUGGCAGAUAACUUCCGAAUCCCUCAACUCUUGAACCAACGAGUGGUGUUUUCCUCCUUUCUGACAGAGCCUUCUGGUUACUCAGCAGGCGAGAUUGUCGCCAUCAUCUUUGGGGUGCUCUUGGGCUGCCUGGGCAUGUUCCUUGCCGGAUGGGUUGUGGCAAAGAGAAUACGGUGAGACGCAGGUGGGCGCCGGGAGCCGAGCCAUUUUCUCCUCCCUGCAGGAGAGGCAUCCCCUGCUCAGCCUCUGACGGAGGAGACGUCCAGAGUGGGGUCUGCUGCAAGUGGGCCCCUUCUCCUGGACUGAGGCAGUUUGGGAGUUUUUGCCCUGGAGCGCCCUCCUUGGGUUUGUCAAGAGCGUGCUUCCGGUAAUGGAUCAGGGCCCUCCGGGGCUGCCACACAAUAAAAAAGGAGUUUUCAACGA